AUGGAUAAUGUUAUGCAUCAUCCACGCAACAUACCAGACAAUGAACUGGAUUUCCUUGAGGUCAUUCUCCAGGCUCUUGCUCACUACUUGCCAGUUCUCAGGGCUAGUUUCGCUGAUCCAGAAGUUCCACAAGAAGUCCUGCUCCUUUUCCGCGAAAUCAAAAUGAUUGGGGAGAUGCUGUAUGUGAUCGGAUGCGAGCCACGUACACAGAAUGGUAUGGAAAUUAUCGAAAAUCUCUACAGAGAAUUUCGUCAGCUCUAUCAUCGCCUUCAGCACAAUGUCGGAUUCUUCCAGGAAUUGUUCAACAACUGA